AAAGAAGACUUGUGCUGCAGUCAGUCAGUCAGGUUUAUCUAGUGAGAUGGCUUCUCUAUUUCAAGGGGUUUGUCGCCUACCUGCCUGGCUUCUACUUUUUCUGCCCAUCUGGAGCCUUUCUGUCGGGGAAAAGCUAUUGGUGAUUCCCCUCGAUGGCAGUCACUGGUUCAGCAUGCAUUCAGUAGUACAGCAGCUUUGGCAGAGAGGACAUGAAAUAGUAGCAGUUGUGCCAGAAGUAAGUGUUUGGAUACAGCCAUCAGAGCAUUAUACAAUGGAAACAUACUCUGUGCCAUACACCAAGGAAUACUUGGAAGCAGAAUUUAAAAGACUGGGCCAUCAAAUAUUUACACCGCAACCUUUCCUGGAAAAGUUCACUAAAACAUUCGCAAGAAUAAGAAAUAUUAUGACACUCUUAUUCAAUUCCUGCAAACAGCUUCUGUCCAACAAAGAGCUGACUGCCUACCUCAAAGAAAGUGCAUUUGAUGCUGUCUUGAUAGAUCCUACGUUUCUAUGUGGACAAAUAGUAGCCGAAUAUUUGUCCCUACCUUCUGUUUACUUCUCACGGGGAAUUCCGUGUGGGCUAGAAUUUCAGGCCACCCGGUGUCCAAAUCCUGCUUCUUACGUCCCCAGAUUUUUCACCAGCUAUACAGACCACAUGGCAUUUCCCCAGCGUAUGUGGAACGUCUUAGUCAGCUCAUCAGAGUUCUUGAGCUGUUCCUUUCUUUAUUCAUCACAUGAAGAUCUGAUCAGGGAGUUCCUUCAACAAGAUGUGACAGUGCCAGAGCUUUUAAGUCGUGCAUCUAUUUGGCUUUUGAGAUAUGACUUUGUGUUUGAGUAUCCAAGGCCUGUGAUGCCCAACAUGGUUUUAAUUGGAGGCAUAAGCUGUGGCCAGGAGAAACCAUUAUCUCAGGAAUUUGAAAGCAUUGUGAAUGCCUCUGGGGAACACGGCUUUGUGGUCUUCUCCUUGGGCUCAAUGGUCUCUGAGAUUCCCAUGAAGAAAGCCAUGCAGAUUGCUGAAGCCUUUGGAACAAUACCUCAGACAGUUCUUUGGAGGUACACUGGAGAAGCACCUCCCAACCUUGCAAACAACACAAAGCUAAUCAAAUGGCUGCCACAGAACGAUCUACUUGCUCAUCCCAAAGCCCGUGCCUUUAUCACACAUGGAGGCUCACAUGGAAUCUAUGAGGGGAUAUGCAACGGCGUGCCAAUGGUUCUGAUGCCAUUAUUUGGAGACCAGAUGGACAAUGCUAAACGGGUAGAGUCCCGGGGUGCGGGAGUGACGCUGAAUGUACUUGAAAUGACUUCUAAGGACCUAUCGGAUGCAUUGAAUGCAGUGAUUAAUGAUAAAAGCUAUAAAGAAAAUAUCAUGCGUCUCUCAGCCCUUCACCUCGACAGACCUAUCCAUCCCCUUGAUCUUGCGGUGUAUUGGGUUGAGUUUGUGAUGAGACACAAGGGGGCCCAGCAUUUGCGGCCUGCAGCCCAUGAUCUCAACUGGAUCCAGUACCACUCUCUGGAUGUCAUUGCUUUUCUCCUGGCUGUCGUGCUCAUUACCAGCUUCAUCUCUCUGAAGUGCUGCCUGUUCUGCUGCCGGAAGUGUUUCUGUAAAAAAGGAAGAGUGAGCAAAUCGAGCAAAUCAAAGGCAGAGUAAUGAAGGGGUUGGAGAUGGGGCUCAGCUCCAGACCUUGGGGAAUGUAGCGCUCUCCUGAGCAUAGGCCCAGUAAAGUCAUUUCUGGCGGUGAGCUCAGAAAUUAUUCAGAACAUAUUCCCUUUAAAUAGCAGCACCGUGUUUUGCUGUUCCAUGUUUUGAUUUUGUCUCCAAUUAAUUCAGAAUAUUUUUGAAAGCUUUGUUCAACGCUUGUUUGAUUGUUAAAGAUAAUUCACACCAUAAUGCUAUGGUGUAGUGCUCAGAAUAUUAAUGGCAGUCCUGGUUUCCAUUUCCUGCUGUGUUGUUCACUCACUAUCUGACUUGGGGCAAGGUUCUUCUCUGUGCCUCAGUUUUCUCAUCUGUGCAAUGGGGAUAACAACAUUUCAACCUUGGUACUACAACGGUGCCCAUCAUUCUAGUGUGUGAGUGUCUGAUGCAUCAUUAUUUAUAAAGCACUUUGAGAUCUUUGGAUGAAAGCUGUUACAUAAGUGCCAAGUGGUGUUUUAAGUGAGGGACAGAAUGCAGCCUGUUGAUUGGAAAUAGAGAAUGGUAUUUGUUCUGCCCAGGUCAAUCUGUCAUUGUCUGAACUGUGUUUCAAAUACACUGAACGUGAACAAAUUUUCCAUUUGAAAGUAUUAGUGAGCCACCACCGCCCAAUCAAGUUUCACCCCAGCUGGAGUACUGAACUUGGAGCAUUGUAGUCAACCAAUUUGAUCUUUGUU